AUUUUACGCGCUGAUACACAUUCUAGAUUUUCUACGCGCUCAUAGAAGCCGAUUCUAGCUCAGUUGAGAUAUGCAUAUCGAAAUUAGACAUUGUGAUUGGUGAGAACAUGGUGCUAGAUUUUGUAAGGGUUCACUGAGGUAUGAUCUGAGCUGCGGCAUCUGGCAGCUAGAAGCCAAAAGUGCUGGGCCUGCUCCUGGUAUAUACAAAUAUGUAGUUGAGUGCCACCAUAUUGCUGGCAAGGAAUUCUCCACAUUCUCCACUUGAACUUAUUUUGCCACUCUUGUUUCUCUCCAUUGGUAUCUGGAAUGCUCACGCGGUCCCCGGAAAUCUUACGAGCUCUUGAAGAAACUGACCACCACGAAGAACGACUAUGAAGAUCUCCUGACCUGGAAGCAGGUUCCGGAGUCAGUCGACAUUCCUUGCUGCUUUAGUCUUCGGCUUUGCACAUCUUCCUCGAUCCCAUCAUCUCUUUACCCUCACCGCGAUGCAAAGGUCUUGUGAGAGUCUCAGAGUUGACUGCAGCUCCAAAUCAGAUAUCUGCUCCGGCGUUCCGACUCAUUGAAGUGGUCGAAUGUGCGAAGAGGCCUAGUUCUCACCCUUUCCGAAGCGAAGAAGUCCAUGCUGAGCAUCUGUAAGUGGCUUCCAUGCAAAAAACUGUCACUGUUCUGGCCACAGUGCUGUUCAAUCGGAUGGCCCGACGGCGCAAUACAGUGAACAGGUUAUCGACUGAAUCUCCCCAUGCUCUGGAAAAGGCUACGGCAGAGUGACCAGGUUAUUAUCUGAAUCUUCCAAUGAUCAGUGUUAUGUACCGAUCUUUUGAAACAUAUCUCACUGGAGACAUUGUUUCUUAUACUCACUCCAUCCCUUGCACUUGUUGGAAACAGCUGCAUCCGAAUCUACUCUCUCACCACGGGUUGACCCAAUGUGCCUGUCAUUCGACUGAGACUUGAGAAUUGUUUGACCAAAAUAAACUUGAGAAUUGUUUGUUAUAAUAAAGAAGGAAUCAAAAAUCCUACAAUGGCAUAAUCCAAUCUACAGAGCAAGAUUCCACCGCGACCACCAACUGUAAACGUUGGUUUACAGUUGGUACGGCUACUACGACGGCUCCUGAGGUCGUAGUAUGAAGGUCAAAGAGUCACGCAGCAGCACAGAGCAGCGCACAUGUGGAAGCUGACUAUGACUCGGUGUCACAGAAGCCCUGCCUCGUGCCGGAUCCAAUUGUGCAAAUCUUUUGCGUAUGGCUCUGUGAUUGGAAUCGUCUUCCUCGAGCCCUUAUCAUGUCGGCUCCAUCAUUCCGUGUCCAGAUUUGCUGUGUCGGCUUUCGAUUUCCCGUGGGCAUGGCAUGUAGGGGUUCAUCGAGAGUCUAAAGUCGAUUGCCCAAAAUAGCUGAGAACAGAGUGAUUGAUCGGUCAAUUUGGGCGCGAUCAGCGAUGGCGGGUCAUCAGAGGCCCCUGUUUGUGCUUUACGGAGCUUCGAUGACUCAGUUCUCGUUCGAAUUGGGAGGAUGGGGUGCUGCUCUCGCGGACCUGUACCAGCGCAAGGCUGACAUUUUGCUCAGAGGAUUUAUGCGAUGGAAUACGCGUAGAGCUCUUGAACUGAUGCAAGAGAUGUUCCCAAAGAAUCUACCAACGCAACCCUCACUGGUCGUGGUUUUCUUUGGAGCAAAUGAUGCAGCAGUUCCUCUGAAACACUUUUCAGAGGCAGGUCAGGCUGUCCCCCUCGAAGAGUUUAAGGAAAAUCUUAAGAAGAUAGCUUUAUACUUAAAGAGCUUGUCCGAUAAGACUAGGGUGAUCUUGACAACUGCCCCACCGAUUCAUGAAGAAAUGCGAGACAAGCAUUGCAGACGGAUUAUGGGUGAAAGAGCAGUCGGAAAGCUUGAUCGUACGAACGAGAAUGCCCGCAAAUAUGCUGCUGCUUGCAGGGAAGCUGCGGGUGAAACAGGCGUGGGUGUCGUUGAUUUAUGGACUUCAAUCCAGCAAAGCAGUCCUAACUGGGGACCUGAGUGCUUGACAGAUGGUAUGCACUUGAGUGCUGGAGGCAGCAAAAUCAUGUUCAAUGAGCUCUGUCGAGUUAUCAAAGAAGCAGAUUGGGUGCCUUCACUUCAUCAUGAGCGCUGUCAGAGUGCAGCAGUUUCCUCGUGUUUGCCCGGAACUUGACUCGACGUCAAAUCUUAUCAAUGUUAGGUCACGGGUCUCAAUGUUUUGAAUGGUGAAGUUGAUGUUCGUGGUGUAAUGUACGUAUAGUAUGUUCAUGUGCUGAGCGACUUGUUCCUACAUCACAUGAAAUUGAUUCCAGAUAUUUUAAGUAAAUAUGUAGAGUAGACCCACUGAGUAUUUACAUGUAUGUCAAUUUGGACUUCUAUAAAAAUAAUAGAAUUUUUUUGACAGAUUUAAUCUAUCAGGAGAAGAUGUG